GAAGUUUCUUACCAGCCGAAGGACAUCCACAGUGUUUUAGGAGUAAAACAAAGAAAAAUGAUGGUUAUGAAUGUUUUGUGAAGAAAAAUAUUCCCACUGAUUCAUAAAUUUUGGAAUUUUCAUCUUUAAAGUAUUGCAUCAUUUAUUUACAUUACUUGUUAAACCAGAUUAUGAUGUCUGUUGAAGUAGCAGACGUGAAGAUGCCCGUCGAGGUAAAAGAAGUGAAACAAACACGCUUUCAAAAGUUAAAGAAGAAGGUUAAGCUGUCAAAAUUGUCUAAAAGUGAAAGCAAAAAGGAAAAGGCUGAAAAGAUCAAUCUGAAUAAUAACUAUGCCUUUGAAGAUGCACUGGAUGGCUUACACAUUGAUGGACUUCCUAGUCUGGAUGAGUCCAUCAAGGAGGCUAAGCAAGCUCUGGAUCUUUUUUUCCAGAACAAAUUCGCUGCAGCUUUAGAUAGCCUCAUGGCCUGGUCACAUGUCAGUACAUACCAUGCACUUGGCAAAGGUACUAUGCUGUUCAUGCAAGCACUUUUGACGAUGGAAAGUAAAGAAAUAGAAAAAGCUGCAGAAGCUCUUCGGCAAGCAGUGGACGUUUGCCAGCGAAAACGGAAAAAGCAUACUGUGUCAAAAAUGAUACGUCGACCUGAUUACAAUUUAUAUUCUGAAGAGGAAGUCCAUGCAGAGUUAUGUUAUGCAGAAUGCUUACUGUUAACUGCAAUUUUGACUUUUGUUGAAGAUCAAAGUUUAGUCAAUUUUGUUCGUGGAAGUCUAAGAAUAAGGACAUGUUAUCAUUCAUAUAAAGAAUGUAUGCAUAUUUUAGAGACAAGGAAGUGGGGCAAUGAGUUACGUAAGAAGCACUUUGAAAGUGGUGUUCGAAUGGGUGUUGGUGCCUUUAAUCUGAUGAUAUCACAGUUGCCAACAAAAGUUUUGAAACUUCUAGAAUUUAUUGGGUUUUCUGGUAAUCGACAACUUGGAUUAAAAGAACUUGAUGAUGGAUAUGCUAUAAAAGAGAGUUUGCGUUCGCCACUUUGUGCCCUAAUUCUAGUGACAUUCCACACUUUAGUUACUUAUAUUUUUGGCUGUGGUGAUGGAGAUAUUGAAGCCUCUGAAAAAAUUGUGAAAGAUAUGCUUGUGCGGUAUCCAGAGGCUGCUUUAUUCAUAUUUUUGUCUGGACGUAUAAAGCAGUUGAAAGGACAAGUUGAUGAAGCUAUAGAAACCUUUAAGCGCUCCAUUGAAGUUCAAGAAGAAUGGAAGCAGUUUCAUUAUCUAUGUUAUUGGGAAUUACUGUGGUGUCACUGUUUUAAAUGUGAUUGGAAGGAAGCUGCAAAGUGUUCAGAUAUACUUAGAUUAGAAUGCAAGUGGUCACCAGCCAUCUAUACAUAUGUACAUGCUUCUGUGCUGUACAUGAUGAUGGAAGAAGGCCAUCCAGAACUGAAAGAUACUAUUACAGGUCUUAUGGGGAAAGUUCCUAGUCUCAAACAAAAACUGGCUGGGAAAUCAAUUCCUUUGGAAAAGUAUGUUGUAAGAAAAGCGAACAAAUAUAAUUCACAGGGUGGUCGUCUUAUUGUUCCUGCACUGGAGCUUGUUUAUAUAUGGAACAGUUUUCCUAUGAUAGCAAAAAAUCGUGAACUCACACAAAAUAUUUUGUGUAGAGUCAAUAAUGUGUAUUCUAGUCUAGAAGAUGCCAAAGAUGUGGAAAAUACACCUUUGGAUGAUUAUUGUCUUAUUUUAUUGAUAAGAGGUGUUUGUUACACCAGUUUGGGCCGUAACAUGCAAGCAGAAGAUUGUUUUAGGGAAAUUAUAUCAUGUGAAAAAAGAGUGAAAGAAGAUAUAUAUAUUAUCCCAUUUGCUAUGACUGAAUUAGCUCUCAUCAAAUUGCAGCAGGCAAAUGGACUAGAGGCAAAAGAACUUCUGGAACCUGCAAGGCAUAAUUAUCGGGGUUAUCCUCUGGAGACUAUACUUCACUUCCGUGUGCACUCAAUUCUACAUCAGCUACGUGCCAAAGGUCAUGUGAUCCCUACACCAUCUCCGAAAUCUACUCCUUUACAUUCACCUGAUCCUUCGCCUAAUCGCAGUGGGGAGAUUCCAGAGUUCCCUUAUCUCAAAGAGAGUCCUACUUUGCCACCUAAACGAAAUCUUCUUCACCCUCCUGCUGAUCUGGGCUCCUGUGUUUCUCUGCCUUAGUCACAAUUUUUUGUUGUUUAGUAUUCACAAGUACUAUAUGACUCACCCAUUCAGGUGGUGACAGCCUUUUAUUGAUGAUAAAUAUUAUUGUAAUUAUUGACAUAAAUUUGGAUGCCUUGAUAAUAUAUAAUGCAAGAUAUACAAAAUUAUGUUUGUAUAGUGCAGUAUAAUGGAUAGUAGGAAGAGGAAUUAAUUUCAUAAGAGACUGAAUAUUUUUCUAAUUAUAUUCUGAUUUACUGCUUUAAAAAAACAGUGUAAAAAUACCUCUUCUUUUGUUCCAUGGCAUAACUCAUAGCCUAGGUGCUAUUAGAAUUGUCAUACUGUAAGAGAUACUCCCGCCCAUAUUGGUCACAAUUAAAUUUAGUGCCUUGAUGCUUCAAUUAUCAGAAAGUUAUUUAAAUACCUGCAAUGUUUUACUGUAAACAAUGCAUAUUUAUCAGAAAUAUAAAUCAACCUUAGGAGGAAUAUUUAUUGCUUUUUUCUUAUUUAAACUGAAUGUUAAUAUAGAAGAAAUUAGUAUCAAAUAUUAUUUUGCCCAAAUGAAUUUUUGUGAUUAAAAAUGGACUGCUUUCUCAUUUUCAUGCAUUCAGUUUGUGUUUUUAGUUUCAAGUUUAGUUUUGCAGUGGUUGAAGUUUUAAUACCUAGAGAAUUAUUAGUUUAAUGUAGGAUUGUGUAUUAAUUUCACAGUAUUAUGCAAGGCAUGUUUUGUUAAAUCUUGUGUUCUAAAAUUAUUUUCAAAUUAGAUAACAAGAAAUUGAAAUUUAUGGUUUAGGAAUAUGCAUAAAAGGUACAGAGUGAAUUUGUUGCAUUGUUCUCAUCUUCAAAAUAACAUCUUAUUUUAGACCGUUCAAAACUGUAUUAGUUUCUAAAAUUUAGUACAUAAAAAGAAAUAUCUUAUUAUUCACUUUCAGAAAUAAGCAAUCAAAUGGGUGACAUUCGAAUUUAAUACUAGUAUACCAGAUGUUUGAAAAAAAUUGGCUGUAGACUUUAUUUCCUUUAAUUACAAAGUUUCUUAAAAUUAGAAUAGAGAAUUUCAUGAAGAUAUUUUCAGUGCGUAGGUGGGAAAAAAAAUUUGAUUUUUUUUUUUAUAUGGGCCUGUACAGUAACUAUUCUAUAUAGCGUAUGGCUUAAUUUUUUAAAUUUCUCUACCAUUAUGUGCAAUAUUCACUGCAGUACAAUUAAUAAACAUUUUUACCCAAUAUAAAGGGGCCAUCUAAAAUUUAACAGUGGGUUUUGUAUUAUCCGAGGCAGAACAAGUAAUUACAAAACAAGCAGCUUUUGUUUUGUAGCUGUUGCAUUAAUGUGUUCUCAAAAGUCUGGAAUUUGAGGUCACGUACAAGAAAAUAAUCAAAGUCAGCAAAUUGUUCUUGAAUAUUUCUAAGAAUCUUGUACAUAAGGUGUGAAAUUUUUGAACUAAUUGAAGCAUUAGAAAUUUUUCUUAUGUCAUUCAUAUAAAAAUACUAGCUUUUAUUUUUUAGAAUUUUAACUUACAGUAUGAGACUGUUUUCAUAAAAUGCUUCACUUAUUUAAAAGAACUUUGUAAUUUUAAGUGUACAUCAUCGGUAUUUAAAUAAAUAAAACCUGCAGCUACCUUUUUUAAACAUCCUGUAUGUAAUGAUGAAAGUUAAAUUUGUGUUGUUGUAAGACUUUUUCUUUUUGAUAAAACAGUAUUCUGGAAACUUGUCUUACACUGCAUAAGUUUUGCAUGCUAACUUAGCUGAUGUAUUUGAAGGUUGUCAACAUCUGAAUAGUAUUUGUAGUAAAUUCAAGCAGCAAUAAAUUAGCUGCCUUUGCAUUUAUUACCAAAGACAACUUUAUGGUAAUCUCUGUGAUAGUUAUCACAUUUAUAUUAGUAUGUAGCAGUGUUUAGUAUUUGGUGUUCCUCCUUUAAAAUGUUUGAUGUAUUUUUGUCUCUUAUCAGAAUUUAUUACCUUAAUUAUCACAUUAUAUAUUAAUAUUAUUAAAACAAAUUUUAGAUAAUAGCUUGUUGCAACUACUUAUUUUCUCUUCUCGAAGUUGCACGAGUGCAUGAUUAUGCCAUACAAUUAUGUUUUAUUAUUAUUUAUUAUUAAUGCAAACAGGGUUGUAAAUAGGCAGCAAGCACUUAACGGUUCACAUAAAAUACACCAUUGUAGUAGCUUUUUCAGUCCGAAAAAUACUAUAUGAAAACAUUUCUUAAAUUGUUUUCCCUUAAAAUGAUGAGAACUUGAAGAGAAGUAAUACUAAUAAUAACAUUUUGUAUGUUACAAAAAAGCAGGUCAUGUGUUAUUCCAUAUUCAUUACCAGCAUAUAUAUCUAGCUGCAAAGUUUCUUAAAAUAAGGUGUACAGAAUUGUGUGAAAAUACGGUCUUAUCAUUAUAGGUCUGAGGUUUCUUUAAAUUAUUCAGUAUACUGUAAGAAAUUUCUGUAUAAUAUAUGCAAAAUUUAUGCCGACUUUUUAAAAGAAUUUACUGACAUAAUCAUUUUCUCUGCCAUUUUUACUCAUAUUCAAGACAUCUGAGAACAAAUUUAAAUAGCAGCUACAUAAUGAAGCUGUGGUUUGUUGAUUAAUGAUUUUAUCUGUCAUAGAAUAGCAUCCAUCAAAUUUUAAUUUUAAAUUGGCCCCUUUGUUUAUUGGGCAUAUCUUCCUGAAUUCUGCAGUUAAGGAUUUUUUAAACUAAAGUAUAAUGAGUAUUUUACUAACUGGAAUUCUUAUAGAAUUCCCACACAGUUCAAUAUACUAUAUAAUAAAAAAGGAAUAGAAGGUUUUUAGGGAAGACUGAAAAAAAUUGCUUGAAAGAAUUCAUUGAUGGCAGCUUUCUUCUAUUCAUUAGAUAAACAAAGUGUGUGAUAUUUUAUUGUUCUUUUUUCAUGAAAAUAAAUAUCUUAUUUCAUAAUUUAACCAUAAAUUUUCAACCAUAAUUUAAUUUGGAUUAAAGAAAUUUUAUUUUAUUACUAACAUAUAUACACAAAUAUUGA